CAGCCGUGGCGGACGUGGGAGCGGGCCUCGGGGUCGCCGCCGCGCCCGGGUGUGGCGCCGGGUCGGGCUCCGAGCGGCGGAGAGCCUCGCGCAGAGCAGCCUCCGGACGCGGGCGCGCAGGUGAGGAACAAAAGUUUAUGUCUGAGUCGGAUGGUCACUCGUACAGCAGCGGCCAGGGGAGUGGGGAAGAGGAUAGAUCCACAGCGCGGAGCCAGAGGAGCGGGCAUCUUCCCCUGGUGCGGUCAGGAUGGGCCCUAUGGGCAAACAGAGCCCCUCGUCCGUGCCAGCCCCCAUGGGAGGGUCUUGCCUCCUCCUCCUCGUCUGCCUACGCUUGGGCACCUCCUGCCCGCAGAGCUGCCAGUGCCCUGACCACGAAGGGGCCGUGGCUGUCCACUGCAGUGCCAGUGGCCUGCAGGAGAUCCCCAAGGACAUCCCCACCAACGCUGUGCUCCUGAAGCUCGAUGCCAACAGAAUCGCCCGCGUCCCCAACGGUGCCUUCCAGCAUCUGAGCCAGCUGAGAGAGCUGGACUUGUCUCAGAACGCCAUCGAGACCAUUGGCCCCGCUGCCUUCUCUGGCCUGGCCGGGGGCCUGCGGCUGCUGGACCUGUCUCACAAUCGCAUCCGCAGGAUUCCAAAGGACGCCCUGGGCAAGCUCAGUGCCAAGAUCCGCCUGUCCCACAACCCCCUGCACUGCGAGUGUGCCCUGCAGGAGGCCCUGUGGGAGCUGAAGCUGGACCCCGACUCGGUGGAUGAGAUCGCCUGCCACACCUCGGUGCAGGAAGAGUACGUGGGGAAGCCACUGAUCCAGGCUCUUGACGCUGGCGUCAGCUUCUGCAGCACCCACCACAAGACCACCGACGUGGCCAUGCUGGUCACCAUGUUCGGCUGGUUCGCCAUGGUGAUCACCUACGUCGUGUACUAUGUGCGCCAGAACCAGGAGGAUGCCAGGAGGCACCUGGAGUACCUGAAGUCCCUGCCCAGCACCCCCGUGUCCAAGGACCCCCUCAGCCCCGAACCCUAGUGUCUGCUGAGUCCCAUCACUCUGUGGCAGGUGGUGACUGACUUGUGCUUUUGGUAUCCCUUCAGCCAGGUGGCAGUCACAGCUACUUCUGUGCAGUGCACACUCUGACCAAACACGCCCCCGAGUUGCACUGAGUCGCGGCAACACCCUUCAAGUCAGGUAAUGUGACCACCAGGCCCACUAAUGGAGGAAGAGAGAGAAGCUUGGAGAAAGGGACGGGUUUGCCCAUGAGGACACAGUCAGGAAAUGAUCCCGUCGGGACUUAAAACCAGGCCAUCUAUGACGAUACGAUGUCCCUUCUGCUCUGCAGGCCCUACCCGUGUGGCGCCCGGGGGAAUGAAUGCACUCAGAGAAGAAAGCGCUCAUGCCCAGGAAUGUGGGUGUCCCCCACGGAGGUCUGGGGUGCGGAUUCAUCUGUGGAAGGCACAGGGGACCCUACACUGUGGAACGGGCUUGCCUUUGCUUCCUACUAUUUCCUGAAUACAUUGGACCACAGAACUCUUUGCAGAACAAAGUAACAGACCAGAUUUUUCUAGAGAGGGAAGAGAGCGAAAGGUGUUGCUCAAGGUAACCUUUGAACAACUGUGUUUAUUCUCAGAAUGUUUGUGAAGAGUAACACUUGCACCCAAGUUUCAGUCCAGUGAAAGGAAAAAAAAAAAAACCCGGACCUGAAACCGAAACACCACGCAGAGAACAAGUUCGGCCCACCCACUCUGUCUGUGCCUGGUUCGUGGGAAGGACUGUCGCCUCUGCCAGCCACCGUGCCUUGCUUUUCUAUCACUGACACCUAACGCGGCUCCUUUCAAAGGACAGGGGGCUGAUGUUUGAUGUUUCAAGGCCAAUCAACGGACUCCUUUUCUCCAGCAACAGGAUCUCCUCUCUUUCUCUCUCUUUCUCUCUCUCUCUUUCUCCCCCACCCCCCAAGUCUCUCUCGCUCACGCUCUCUUCCUCUCCGCCUUUGCUGCCAGGACUCUCAGAGCUAAUGGAGUGCUCUGUUUUCUUACCUGUGUAACUUCAUGUUCAGGGUGGACAACACCUCCAUCUAUAUAACUCUGAUUCAUCUUUCCAA